CUCAAGAGCUUUCACUCCCACGGCAUUGUGUUCUUCUCAAUGUCCUUUCACCAGAAUCACCACUACAUCCUACCUUUUAUUAUCACCGAUAUCGAAUAAGGAAACAGUCUGUCGCCCACUCCCGUCGUAUAACAUAUCUAAAUCUUUGUGGACGCGAGGGGAUUUCGACAAGGCUCAUUUUCUUCCUCAUCCUUGUUCACCCAAGUGGAACGCGUGCACGUCCACUGGUAGCGGGUAGCCGAGACGUGCAAGGUAUAGCUUCGUUUCCUACCGCGAGGCUUAACGACGCAAUGUGUCCGGAGAUCCAAGAGACCGGCGAAGGUGAAGACUCGAGAGACAUCGCUCCUGAUCCUCAUGUUGACGACGAUCCCGACUCUACGUACGGCGGCGAUGCCGUAUCAGAAACAACAUCCAUAUCAUCGUGGAUACGUGAUUAUCGCGUCGAGAAUGGCCGCACAUACCACGCAUACAUGGACGGCAAAUACUGGUACGGUUGUUCCCUGUCCAUUUUGUUCCUUUUUCUUGCCAUCUUGACUCGUCGUCUAUCGGAGAAAAAGAUUUACUCGAUGACACUUCGGGGUCCUCGGAUCGACACUGACGCUCGCUUGCGCCAGGGGUUCAAACGAUGAAGCUGCCAACGAACACCUCGAUAUAGGUCAUGAGCUUUACACCAAGACUCUCGGCAACAAACUCUUCCUCGCCCCAAUUGAUCCCAACCCUUCUAAGAUCCUCGACCUCGGCACCGGCACAGGUACCUGGGCAAUCGACGUCGCCGACGCCUACCCGUCCGCCGUCGUCACCGGCACCGAUCUAUCGCCCACCCAGCCGACUUGGAUACCUCCAAAUGUGCGUUUCGAAGUCGACGACGUGGAAGCCGAAUGGACGUUCCCACCAAACUCGUUUGACCUCAUCCACAUCCGAGGCUUACACGGCUCCAUCACCGACUGGCCGGCGCUGUACGCGCAGUGCAUGACGGCCCUCAAGCCGGGCGGCUGGCUCGAACAGGCCGAGUACUCGGCGCAGUUCACCAGCGACGACGACACCAUCCCGCCCAACGGCGGCAUCGAGGCCUGGAACCGCGUCGGCCCCGAGUGCCACAGGGUACUGAACCGCGAACUGCAGGUGCUCGACGGCAUGCGCUCACACAUGCUCGACGCCGGCUUCCGGUCCGUCGCCGAGUUUCCCUACAAAUGGCCAAUCGGGCCGUGGCCACAGAACCCCGAGUUCAAGACCCUGGGCGCAUGGUGUCGCGCCCACGUCGACUCGGGCCUGGAGAACUGGACCCUGCGCCUCCUCACGAGCGUCCUGGGAUGGUCGGUGGAGGAGGUCCUCGUCCUCUGCGCCAACGUCAGGAGGGACAUCCGAAACCCCAAAGUCCAUGCGAUUCACAGGAUGAAGGUGGUCUACGGGCAGAAACCAACCGGAUAGCCGGCCGCCGAGUCACCCUUGAUGAUAAUUAUGAUGAUGUCCCACGAUCGGUUUGGCCUUCUGCCAGCUAUAAUGACGUUGAAUUGUUUGUUGGGCUGCUCCUACCUCUUUUUUUUCCCCCCACCACGAGCAUUGAACAAGCGUUUAGGGAGCGGAGCCUUUGUUGCAUGGCGUUAUCCUUCCAUAAGAUGCACACGUUAGGGAGUAUCAUUUACGAUAUUUUCAGCGGCGUAUCGAUAGGACGGAUCCCUCACUUUUUGGUCUGGCCAGCGACACGAUAUAUAUAUUUGGCUAUGACUGGCCGUCAUGAUUCUGUUGAGAGGGCUGUCUGUCAUAUUGUUGUUAUUAUGAGGCGAGUUAACAGUGCCAACUUAUUUAUAGCCCUGCCGUGACAGUCGGCACGGUGAGAUUGGUAUAUAUAUUGAUUACACAGAAGGUAUUAACAUAUCUUUUAGAAUCUUAUCAUGUCUCAGCGUGUCAUGCACAUAUCACUUGUACCUGAAAGGAGAGGAAACGACAAUUCAUCAAUCUCGAAACGCAUCUGCUCGUCCAUGAUCAUGAUGCUCCUCCUUCGCCGUCGCGAAGGAGACCUGUUCUUCACCCUCGUCCUGCGUCUUGAUCGGUUUAGGCGACUUGAUUAGGUCCAAUGGAGGUUCCUGCCUCUGGUGGUCUUUGGCUGGUUUGGGCAUGUAAAGUCUUCCAAACUCGAACCGAAGCGGAACGUCAGUCUCCCCGACUUGUUCCCGUCGCCAUACAGCGAGGGGACCGGACCAAAGAAACAGGGCUCGGUCAGGCGCGUCGUCUGACUCUGACUCUGCUGAUGCUGUUGUUGCGGCGGUGGUGGGCCUGUCGUGGGUGGCCAUUUUGUUUCCCGAGUCCAAUAUAGGAAGAGGAAUCACGGUACCAUCAUCCUUCCAGCAUUCAAGGAAGAGCGCGUGCGGAUCACGCCGCGCUUGAAACCUGAAACCCUUGGUGAGAACUUUGUGAACUCGAGCCGCCUGUUCCGCCCCACCGAGUUCCAUGACCAGGAGCCUGGCGCCGACGGCGUCGAAGAUCUGUGCGAGGGGCCAGUAGAACAAAUCUCCCGAGUGUACAGAGGGGCCGUUCUCAGGCACGAGGGCAAUCUUGGGUUCGAAUUUGCGGACGCUGCGUUCGGUGGUUCCGCCGGGGGCAUAGUCUUUCUCGGAGAUGUAGGGGGGAUUACUUAUGACGACGUCCCAGGGUGAGUCGGGGUCGACGUCACCCUCCACACCUCCAUGCUCAUGAUCAGCAGUAGGAGCAGGAGCAGCUUUGGCAGAUCCAUCUUCAGUGUUGAGAUUGAAUGUUCUUCGAAUGUGUGGAUCACGUCGAGUCUUGGUGUCUAGGGUCAACCUGAGAAGAUCCUGACGCAUGAAAGAAAUGUCGGUCGCCGCCUCAGGGUGCAAAAGGCCCUUGUAGAUGUUGUGGUGAAGGUUUCUAUUGGCGACUUCGAGUGCAGUGGGGUGAUAGUCGACACCGAGGAUCUCCAGGUCGAUUGUCGAUGGCCAGUGGUGGUCGCUGGAUGUGGACGAUAAAGAAUUUGGUGGUGGUUUGAGGAUCGAGUGGAGGAGGAGUGCUAUGCAACCGCUUCCUGUGCAGAGGUCUAAGAUCCUGAGUUUGCGGCGGUUUCGCGGUUCAUGGUCACCUGCUCUUUGAUCUGUCUCUUGAACGGCAGAUGCAAGCAUAUUUGCAACAUUUUCGGUGUAUGCUUCUGUUUCAGGCCGGGGGAUCAGGACUGUGUUGGGAGUUAGGAUUUCUAGAUUGCCGAAAGGUUGGUUUCCGAGGAUAUGCUGCAGUGGCUUCCCCCGCGAUCUGUCGUGGACAGCUUUCGUUAAGAACUUCCGGAUCAGCUGGUCGCUGCCAUUCCUCAUGCCGUCUGAAACGGCUUUGCGAGCCAAAGAACCAUCUUCUGCCGUGGCAUUGUCUCUGGUAUUUGACAGGUUUCUGCGUGCGGCUCUUCUCUGAACGCCUUUGCUUAUCUUCCUUCCUGGUGACGCUUGAUCUUUCUUGUUGCCUUUAGAGGAGUAUAUGUG